CAAUCGAUAAAUCAAUUGCAAAAAAAUAUGAGAACUUUACGUGGAAAUCAGUUAUUAAAUCAAAAAGUUUUCGAAAAUUUAACGUUAGUUUUUAAAAAUUAUAAAAAUGUACGUUUCUCUUCACAUUUUACGUAUGUUCCCGAUGAAAAAUCACCAGUUUCAGGUGAAACUGCUAAAAUGAAUAUGUUUCAAGCGAUUAACAAUAGUUUAGAUUAUACUUUAAAAACAGACCAGAAUGCGUUACUAUUUGGAGAAGAUGUUGGUUUUGGUGGUGUGUUCCGAUGUUCGCUUGAUUUACAAAAGAAAUAUGGUAAAGGACGUGUUUUUAAUACACCCUUAUGUGAACAAGGUAUUGUAGGCUUUGGAAUUGGAGUUGCAACUGCAGGUGCAACAGCUAUUGCUGAAAUACAAUUUGCGGAUUACAUUUUUCCGGCUUUUGAUCAAAUUGUAAAUGAAGCAGCAAAAUUUCGUUAUCGAAGUGCAAGUCAAUUUCAUUGUGGAAGUUUAACAAUUAGAGCUCCAUGCAUGGCAGUUGGUCAUGGAGCUUUAUACCAUUCACAAAGUCCCGAAGCGUAUUUCGCUCACACACCUGGUUUAAAAAUUGUUAUUCCUAGAGGUCCAAUUGCCGCAAAAGGAUUAUUAAAUGCAUGUAUAAAAGAUCAAGAUCCAUGUAUAUUUUUUGAGCCUAAAGCAUUGUAUCGAGCAGCCGUAGAAAAUGUUCCUGUUGAAAAUUAUGAAUUAUCGCUUGGAAAAGCAGAAAUUUUAGUAGAAGGAACUGACAUAACUUUACUGGGUUGGGGAACACAAGUACACGUUCUUCGAGAAGUAGGAAUUUUAGCAAAAGAAAAGUUAAAUGUCUCAUGUGAAGUUAUAGAUCUGCAAACUAUUUUACCUUGGGAUAAGAAAACUAUCGUUGAGUCAGUCAAAAAAACUCACCGAAUAAUUAUUGCACAUGAAGCACCAUUAACUGGUGGUUUUGGAGCAGAAAUAGCAGCUACAAUUCAAAAUGAAUGUUUUCUUCAUUUAGAAGCACCGGUGCAACGAGUUACUGGUUUUGAUACACCAUUUCCUCAUAUUUAUGAACCUUUUUACUUACCAAAUAAAUGGAGAUGUCUUGAAGCAAUUGAAAAUGCAAUAAAUUAUUAAUGAAAAAACUUA